GUACAUCGCCUGCUUGGAGGGUGUUAUGCUGGUGGCGUUGGCGGUUCACAGCUAUGCGGAUCCUUUCGAUACGGACGCAUCCCAUUCCAGGGACUUGAACAAGCUCGAGUCCAUGCUUCUCGCUGCGGCCACGAUCUGCUUCAUUUCGGCUGGGUACAUCCUGGGCUUGUGGUGGCAGGAGCCUCUGUGGCCGACUCUCGCUGCUCUGGCUGUCUUAGUCAUUAUGAUACUGCCCGUCGCGGCCUUCUUCGCGCUCAACUUGGGGCCACUCUUUGCAAAGAAGGCCAGCACCAGAGAGUCUAAAGCCUCUUCGUAA